CGCCAACACCGCUUCCACUCUCUACACCACACGCGUACAAUUCGCCCGCCGUAGGACAAACUGCCCACCAUGGCCGACGAGCUCGUUCCGUCACCAGCCAUCGAGGCCUUCCGCGCCAUCAUCUCUUUCCUCCGCUCAAUCCCCUACAUGCGCAUCGCCCGCGCUGCCUCGGUGCCGCUCCAGCUCGCCGCCAUCCCGCUAGGCUAUCUGCUCGAGGUGCUUCUCGUGAUAUUUGCGCCCGCAAUCUUCAUCGUCAAGGCUCUCCUGGGCAUGACGCACUGGAUAUACUCGUUUCUCGCCGGCCUCAAGCCGCUGUAUAGCUUUCUCUCCGCAGCAGCAGGAGUCGGUAUCCUCGCCGGCAUCAUCCUUGGCAUCGCGUCAGUCGUCAUCACAUCGUACCUCGGCAUGCAGGACGGCCAAGGGCCCAUCAAGGAAGAAGACGCCUUUGAAAAGUCCUAUGCUGCCGCCCUGCGACGAAAUAGCACGGCGAGCUCGUCGUUUACUGGCGAGAGCUCUAGCGACGCCGAGUGGCAGCAAUGGGCCGAGGCCACGGCCACAGCGGCCCUCGCGAGCCCCAGACGCAGGCUCCCGCCGGGACUGCUCUCGCAAACCAUUCACGAAGAGGACGACGACGAUUCCGAGUACUAACAACACAUUAUGGUGUUUGUUUAUAAGCGAGUAUCAUUCUUUUUGACACCACUCUUCAUUGCAUUCUCUUACGCUGCUGCUACUGCCAAGCGUCAUACUCUUUUCUUUUCAGCUCUCACUGGAAGCAGGCAAGCGAUUCUAGUACAUUUUGAUUGUUCUCCCCGUCACUGUUAUAAAUAGCUACGAUAUGAUACCCUCUGUUUUUAAUGCAAACUAUAAUUCCAACUGCUUUCUGCUGCAGUCAUGAUCAACUCAACGCCUGUACAUCUCCCUAUCCCUGUCCCGUUGUCUCUCUGCCGGACUUCUGCUCCUACUCCUUGUGCGCCUAUCCCGCCUGUCGUCGCGUCGCGGGGGCGGGCGCUCGUCCCGACGCCUGUUUCCAUCGUCUUGCCUAUAGCUUGGAACAUACGAAUCGGUGUCUGGGUUGCGCCCACCAGGAGGUCCGCGCCCGCGAGGGCCUCGCUCUCUGUAGUCUCCGCGGUCACCACGGUCACGAUCUCCGCCACGGUCCCCGUCACGCUGCCACGCUGGGCGGCGGCGGUCGUCUCGGUACCGGCCGUUGUUCAUGGGGUAUCUACCGCCGCCGUUAUAGCCGUCUCCGCUGUUGAAGCCGGCCGUGGCGCCAUUGGCAUCUGGGCCAACGCCAACUGUACCGCCCUUUGGCGCGGGAGGCAGUGCGGCCUUGCGGUCCUGGAACUUUCUGCGGUCGAGCUCGUGGCUCUCUUCAUAUGUUGGGAUCUCAUGUGGCGCCAUGGGUAGAGGCGCCAUCUUAAAGUAAGGGUGUUCGAGGGCAUCUACGGCAUUAAUGCGCGUUCGCCAGUCCAGCUUCAUCAAGUCCUUUAGUAGUGCGACGGCGCCAUUGCCAUAU